AUGGAUGUCUCUCUUUAUGUCUACGAUCUAUCCAAGGGUCUGGCCCGAAUGUACUCCCUUGCCCUGACAGGGACUCAGAUGGAUGCUAUUUACCAUACAUCUAUAGUCCUCAACGGCGUCGAGUAUUAUUUUGGCCAGGGUAUUCAGACCGCUGUUCCAGGUAGUACGCACCAUGGACAGCCCCUGGAGAUCGUGAAGCUGGGUACCACUGAGCUUCCCCAUGAAGUUAUUGAGGAAUAUCUGGGAUCAUUGGCGACGAUCUAUACACCGGAGUCGUACGACCUCUUUUUGCACAACUGCAAUAACUUCACCCAAGACCUGUCAAUGUUCCUGGUCGGUAAAAGCAUCCCAGAACACAUCAUCAAUCUUCCGCGCACUUUUCUGGAAACUCCAUUUGGACAGAUGAUGAAACCCCAAAUCGAGAUGGCUCUCAAAGGCGUCACUCAGGGCACUGGGGUUGCUCCUGGUCCAAGUGCCACAGCCAGGCCUGCUCCUCCCGCACCGCAACCCGUGGCACACCCAGGAGCAGGCACAGUCCGCAUAGUGCGAGACAGAAGCCAACUAGAGAGCGAGCUGUCCGCCGCAUCUCAUUCCUUCGCGGUUGUUUUCUUCACGUCGGCAACAUGUCCGCCCUGCAAGGCUGUCUACCCGAUUUACGACCAGCUGGCAGCGGAAGUGGACGAGCGAGGUACCCUCAUCAAAAUCGACGUCGGCGUGGCUCGCGAUGUUGGCAUGAAAUACGCUGUGUCUUCAACGCCGACCUUCAUGACCUUCCUGAAAGGGAAACAACUGGAGCGGUGGAGCGGUGCAACCCCAGCCAAACUAUCGGACAAUGUCCGUAUGCUGUUGGAAAUGGCAUACCCGGCUCAUCCCCAUCGCCAGCUCGAACUGCCCAGUCUCCAGCGAGAGAUUACCAAUCUCGUCAUGUACAAGAAGGUUCCGCCGCUUGAUAAGCUCCUUCAGAAACUUCCUGUCUCAUUUAAAGAAGCUCGGGGUGUCACGGAAGUAAUCAAAUUUAUCCAACAGCGUUACUCGACAACCGUGCCCGCCGAUAUCAAAGUUCCCGAUUUGCAUACUUUCGCCACAACAUUGAAAACGACGUAUCCCACACUCCCCGUCGACAGCCAUUUCGCCGUGGUCGAUCUGGUCCGCCUUCUUCUGCUCGAUCCACGCAUAAGCGGCUACUUCGCCGAAGAAGCCCAACAUACAACCCUCCUCACUCUCCUUGCCCCGACCGAUCUACCCUCCUGCCCAUACAAUCUCCGCAUCGUGGCUCUUCAAUUAGCCUGCAAUCUCUUCAGCACACCCCUCUAUCCAGAGCAACUCACCUCUUCCUCCUCCCCACUCCGCAAAACCUGCCUCGGUCUGGCAACCAAUUCUCUGUUAGACUCACACGCUAGUCUUCGCGUUGUCGCCGCCUCUUUUGCGUACAAUCUCGCUGCAUACAAUCACAACGCCCGUUUCAAUGGGCGACCUGAUCCACUGUCCGAGGAAGAUCAGGUCGAGCUGACGGCAUCUUUGCUCGAGGCUGUUGCUCGCGAGGACCAGAGCGUGGAAGCUCUGCAUGGACUGUUGUAUGCUCUUGGUCUGAUUGUCUACGAGGCCCCGAUGGAUGGUGCUUUGAUUGAUCUGUGCCGUGCCAUGGGUGUGACGGAGGAUAUUUCUGCUAAGAUGAAGAUUGAGGCUGUUCAGAAAGAACCGCUGCUUAAGGAGAUUGGGGGAGAACUAUUUGGCAAGGGCUUAGUUACUGAGGGAUAG